AUGGCACGUUCUCUGCUCGCAGCGUAUUAUGCCGCCAUCUCUCUCGCGUGCGCCGUCCGUGCCACGCGGGUGAUGGAGUCCUUCAUGGUACCGCUGCGGAAUGUCUUUGCGAAAUCUAUCUCAUGGGACGCUCCUGCUGUCGAGUUUUCCCCGCUUUGGCAGGUGCUUGGCCCGUUCCAGAUCGGCACACGGGAGGGCCCGUGGGGCGCUGAUCCACUCGAGUACUUUGGCGGCUUUCGCGCGUUAGAGUUCAACGAGUCUGCCACAUUCAAGAGUUCUCUACCUGCCAAUGCAUCUGCCCGAUGGUCCACUCUCGACGCCACCAAUGUAGAAAGCAACGAGGCUGGAGCGAACGCAUCCCUGGCACUGGCCUUCUCCAACGUGGACUGGCAAUUUCUGCAAGCUGUCUAUGGCUGGUCUGCUUUGCAAUACCAGUCAUGGGCCCGUGGGGAGAUUAUUGUCAACGGCGAUGCAAUCCAGACCGUGGUCCUCUAUACCGAUUGGAUCCUUGAAUUCUGGGUUGACGGGAAGCUUUAUUUUGGAGGAGACUUCUAUUCUUACCGGAAAGCGCCCCCCGUGCUGCACCUGAGUCCGGGCACCCAUCGGCUUGAUUUGAGGAUGUGGCGAGACGUCCGGUCAUUUGGGGGCAUUACCGAAGGCGAUCCCCAAAUCACAGCCGAUAUCGCUCUCCAGAUAUGCAAAGGCUCAUUGGAGGUAACGCAGGAACGGAUAAAGAUACCAGAUGUCAUAGAUGGCAGAUUCUCUAGCGAAUAUGGCUCGGUUGCUGUACGCAACACGGGUCUGGACACUGUUCGUAUUCUGGGUGUCAGGCCCCAAAACAGUAGCGACUGGGAAGUGGCUCCGGAUAAUAUUUCUCAGCUUGAAGUUGUCUCUGGCCAGACAAGGCCAAUCUCAUUCAGGCUUGCCCUAAAGGAUCCGACGAUCUCCGAGUUGCGACUGGAGAUACUUUACACCUACGACGGCGCCGAAUCGAACCUGAGUGCUCCGGGCGUACAACCGGUCGUCAAGAAAUCCACUUAUGAUCCUCACAAGUUUACCUUCAAGCAUCCAGGUGGAAUCGUUUCGUACGCGAUGUUACGUCCGCCUGCCAAAAACGCCACCUGUGGCUUACAGGGAUCUGCUCCUGUCCUGCUUGGACUUCAUGGAGCGGGGCUUGAAGCAGAUGUAGAUGGCGUUGCUCGCGCCUUUGAUCCUCUCCCAGACCUAUGUGCCUGGGUGCUCUUUCCGACGGGAGUGACGCCCUGGAGCGCAGACGACUGGCACGCAUGGGGCUUUCCCGACGUUGAGGCAGCUGUUGCCGCUAUUCCAGAGUGGAUCAAGCACAAUGCCUGGAACGGAACAACUGUUGACACAGACCGGUGGCUUGUCAGUGGACAUUCGAACGGCGGCCAGGGCACCUGGUACGCGAUUACCCAUCGGCCAGACAAGAUUAUCGCCGCGGUCCCGAUAUCUGGAUACUCUUCCAUCGAGCGUUAUGUGCCCUACGAAUUCUGGUCGCCAACAAUUGAUCCUGGCCGGCAGUCGGUGCUCCGUUCAGCGCUGAACACAUAUCGACAUGAAUCCCUCUUUGAGAACUGUGAAUCAAUACCUAUCCUUCAGUCGCAUGGCGGAGCCGAUACCAAUGUACCAACGUUCCAUUCUCGGCUCAUGAAUUUCUUGCUGUCACUACGCGGUAGCAACGCAGGCUACUACGAGAUACCUGGAUCUGAGCAUUUCUUCGACGGUAUCAUGACUACCGAACCGUUGCGCACCUUCUAUCGCACGCACAUACCCAACGGCUUGGCUGUCACCAAGUCACUGAAGAAAUUCACAAUUGUUGUUGGCACACCAGGUGAUAUGGGGUCCAAAGGGGGAAUUACUGUCACGCAGCUCGAGACGCCCGGCCGCUAUGGUAGAAUGGAGGUUUCCAUCGAUCCUAGAGAUGAAGAGACUUGCAUUUACAGCAUACAGACGAAGAACAUCCUCAGCUUUAGCAUUAGCCCACAUGAGUGCCAGUCUGCGACCGUCAUCGUUCGCAGGCAGAACAUGGCUUCAUCCGCAACGACACUCGCUGUCGACAGCGGCUCAACACUGACAUGGACAAACGACAUAUGGAUGCAAACCGACUCUGACCUGCAGACUGCUCGACGUGGCAAGCAACUCGGAGCGAUUGAUGCAAUUUUGCGCUCUAAUGGGACGUUCAGCAUCGCAGGCUAUGGUGUAGGUACCGAUGAGUUGGCGUUGCAGAUUUCGCGCAACCUUUAUACGUACUUCUCAGCGGACUCUACCAUCAGUGGCUCGGCGGGUCCGGGUAAUUCAAUCACGGUUGCCGUAGGGACUGAGCUCCCAGCCAGGCAGGACGACCAGUUUCCUAUCCAGGUUACAGAUUCAGGGUUGCUCCUCGUGCGGGCACCGUCAGGCGAAGAAUACCUCUUUGGCGAGGAAGAGGAUGUGGCGGCGAUCUACCUACGACCUGGUACCACGGGCCAAGAGAGCCUGGAGCUUGUUGUGUGGGGAGGAACAGCCCGGACUGCGGCGAUAGCGGCGCGGCUGGUACCGACCCUGACAGGCGUCAGCCAGCCUGAUUUCGUGGUGCUGGCUGGGAGCAGCAGUUGGAAGGGCGCCGAAGGUGCUGUGGCCAUGGGCUUCUUCGACGAGCGGUGGAACAUCGCAAGCACGUCCUUCUUUGCUUAG